AUGUCUGAAAAAUAAUAAAAUUCACUUCCCUAUUAGGAGCUCUCCUAUCUAAAGGGAAAUAAAUAAUUUUUGAGUUUUGAAAGAGCAUUGCCAAUUAUAGAUUUUGUCCAUUAAUUAAAAAGUAGAGAUUAUGAAAAUGAAUUUUCAUUUCUUAAACAAAUUACCUAAACUAGAGAACAUGAUAGACUUCUAUAUAGAAGCGCUUAGAUAUAACAUUUGAAUAGAUAUGCUGAUAUCCUUCCUUAUGUUCAUUCUAUUGUAAAACCUUAAUUAGAUACUUCAGAUAAUAGUUAUUACAUUAAUGCUAAUUAUAUUAGAGGGGGAAACGAUGAAGAAAGAAAAUAUAUUGCUACUCAAGGCCCUGUAAAUUAAUCAGUUUAAGAUUUUUGGCAUAUGAUAUGGACAAAUAACGUGGGUGCAAUAAUUAUGCUUUGCAAACUGUUCGAUAGAUAACGAAUAUAAUGCGAAAAAUAUUGGCCGUCUGAAAAAGCUAUUUAUGGGCCUUAUUAAAUUGACACAAUAUCAAGAUAAGAAUCUAAUAAGGAUAUAUUCGAAAGUAGUCUAAUUAUGAAGACAAAAGAGAAGUAGCAUAAAGUAAGUCACUAUUAAUGGUGUGAUUGGCCAGAUUUCGGGAUUGUUAAGGAGGAUUCCUAUUAAGUUCUUGAUUGGCUGGCUGGAAUAGCCAAUGAAGCAGCACAAGAUAACAAAACACCAGUGAUUCAUUGUAGUGCAGGAGUAGGGAGAACGGGAACCUUUUUGGCAAUCUGUCAUAUAAAACAGUUACUCAUAAAAAAUGAUGCUUAAAUUUCAAUCUUUAGUAUAGUGAGGAGAUUGAGAGAAUAAAGACCAUUAUUAGUGCAAUCAGUGUAAUAGUAUGAGAUGAUUUAUAAAUAUACAAUUUGGUUGUUGAAGAAUUUGAAAUAUAUGUGA